AAUGGCGGGGCGGGGCGGAGCGCGAGGCGGCGGUCCCGUCAGGCGGCGGGGCAGCAUGGAGGGCCGGCUGCCUUACGACGACUUCCCGGUGGUUUUCCUGCCGCCCUACGAGAGCCCGCCCGCCUGGGUGCCGCCGCAUGAGAGGGUUUACCACCCCGACUACAACAACGAGCUCACCCAGUUCCUGCCGCGCACCAUCGUCUUGAAGAAGCCGCCCGGGGCGCAGCUGGGCUUCAACAUCCGGGGAGGAAAAGCCUCGCAGCUGGGGAUCUUCAUCUCAAAGGUGAUCCCCGACUCGGAUGCGCACAGAGCUGGGCUGCAGGAAGGGGACCAGGUGCUCUCGGUGAACGAUGUGGAUUUCCAGGACAUUGAGCACAGCAAGGCUGUGGAGAUCCUGAAGACGGCCCGUGAGAUCACCAUGCGCGUGCGUUACUUCCCCUACAAUUACCAGAGACAGAAGGAACGAACUGUUCACUAGUAGGCAGCUGUCUGCUGGGUCUCCAGAGUGGCCGUCCUGCAAAAAAACCUCUACACUACUUCUCCUCAAGGUGUGAGAUGACAAAUCAAGUUUCGGCUGUCGCUGGAAGUACAACUGUCCUGUUGGCUGCACAGGCAUCGGCUCCACUUCCCGCGGGGAGAGAUGCCAACGGGGUCUUAUUUAGCUGGAAGAUGGAUGGGGCUUUAGUCUGUACUCUUUGAACUGGGUGUGGAAACAAGCUGGUGGUGCUGAUGUGGGUAGCUUCUCCAGCAAGAUCUGUGCUUCUUUUCUAGCAGGACAUAAAGGAGUGCUCCACUGGUUCUGGAUCCCACCCUUGGAUAUAAGGCCAAGAGGGUCUGAGGGUGCUUCAACAGAGCACGGCCCUUGUCCUCCAGGAGAUCAAUCUCUUCACUUUCUCUGGUGACAUGAAAUUCUUUCCUUCUCUACUCUCCUACCUCUGCUCUACACUGCUGGCUUUGCUUGGGACUAGAGGAACAGGAGUAAAAUCUACACAAGUUUAGUGUCCAUCUCUAGCGGCACUCAUUUGCCGAGGCACAUUUGUACCUCUUUGCUGCUUAACGACCCCUGUGAUACAGGACCGAGAUGUUUGGGGCACGUUCCUGAACUGCUGUGGGUACUUGGCCAGGUUCCCUCAGGUGUGGUGCUUGCACGGCGAAGGGUUUCACUCUCUGAACCUCUCUCCUUUCACUUGGCACAGCCCUGUCCCUCUCACGUGCUCCCAUCAGAACUCUCCCCUCACUUUGAGGCAAACCUUUCCCCUUCCCUGUCCCCCAGAGGAGGUGUGGAACCCUGCUGUGCCCUGCACAGAUGAAAACGUGCUGGUUAUCAGCAAAUGUGGGUGCAAAAACGUGUGCUAGUAUCACCUUGUAAAUGGCAUCAGGACAGCCCUUGGCCUUCUGUGCAGUGGUUUCUGCUUAUCUGUAAUAACUGAAACAAUAAACCGAGUCUUAUUCCUACCCA